AUGUACAGCUUCAUGGGCGGAGGGCUGUUCUGUGCAGGCGUGGGGAACAUCCUCCUGAUUGUUUCUACGGCAACCGAUUAUUGGAUGCAGUACCGGCACUCCAACAACUACAUGCAUCAGGGCCUGUGGCGGUACUGCAUGCCGGGGAAAUGCUUUACACACAAUGACAGCAUUGCCCACUUGGAUGCCACCCGAGCACUUAUGAUUCUCUCUCUUCUGGCCUGUUUCAUUGGCAUCAUUAUCGGCAUCAUGGCCUUCAUCCACUCCUCGUUCUUCAACAGGUUUGACAAAACCUUUGCUGCAGGCAUAUUGUUCUUCAUCUCAUGCUUUUUCGUGUUGCUAGCAAUGGCAGUGUACACUGGCGUGACAAUUAAUUACUAUGGUAAACGCUAUGGCAACUGGAGGUUCUCCUGGUCCUUCAUCAUUGGCUGGGUGUCAGUGGUGCUAAACUUCUUUUCAGGUAUAUUCUAUAUGUGUGCCUAUCGGAUGCACGAAUGCCCCAGAAACUCAAACUCUCACUAGAAGACUUCCGAAAUUAUAAUUAAUGUCUUAUAUUGAGAGCUUGUGGCUGUUCCUCGAAUUUGAGAGUCAAGAUGGAUCGAUCCACUAUUUACUUUUGGAACAUGGAUUCUAGUAUUUUAAGUGAUCUGAA